CUUUUAUACAUAUAAUGGAUACACAGGAACGCCAAAAUUUGUUUAUCUUGUAUCCCUAUCCAUUCAAUAGAGAUGCAAAGUUCAAAUAUGUCGAAAUAAGUUAUUCGCCCUCAUUUAGUGAGUAUUGAUUUCCUCUAAUUUAUAAGAACCACAAAAUGUAUGAUGGAAACCAUACCAAUAUUCAAUAAUGACAUGGAUCCAGCUCAACCCGGAUUUAUACCUCUUAUUGAUUAAGUAUGAAUUAGUUUGAUUUAGCCCCUUCAUCUUUAACAUAAUGAUUAAUAUCAAAACUAAUACUAAAAAAAGUAUUAGGAAUUGACCUAAAAAAACAAAGUCCUUGUAAGUAUUUCCAUUAAAUUCAGCACUUUCCCAAACCCAAAAGCCAGUCAAAAUACUGCAAUGUUUGCAAACAACACUAUGAAGAUUAUCUAGAUGUAUUACUUCACUUAAAUUAGCAUAUUAAAUCAAAAACACAUAAGUCUCAGUUUACGAAAAAUCAAUACAUCAAGAAAAUCAUGACAUUAGCCAAAUAAGCCCAAGAGAAGGUAGUAACAACCAUCGAAUAGCAAGAAUCUACUGAAGUUCAACCUAAGAAAAUGAAAAAAACUAAACUUAAUUGCUGAC